AUGACAUACCCUUCUUCUUCUACUUUACCUCCUCCAGCUGUGUUUUUACAUCAAGAAACAUUACACGCUAUACUACUUCCACCUUUAGCAUCAUGGCUCACAAGUCUUCGUAAACCCGAACAUCUAGUUAGGUUGAGUGAUCUAUUGGAAAGGUACAAAACACCAAAGAGUUAUCAUAGAGUAGACGUUAGAUUAGUGGAAAGUUCGGAAUUACCACCUGGAUCUCCUGAUAGUCAGCGUGAAGACGAUCCUCCGCCAACAGAAGAAAGCCAGGCUGAUAGGAAUAGGGCGAGAAAAGGAAGUAGGGAAAUCAUCGAAUUGAAUCAAGGUAUACAGCUGGAAGACUAUUGGAAAGAUAGACUAGGCUUUCGAGAAGGAUCACGCUCCUCAACUCGUCCGGUUGUUAGAGAUGGAUUACAUAGCGACAUUAUACGUAAUGAGGACAAAUUACAACCUCAAAUGCAAUCUGAGCCAAAAACAAAUACUUUGGAACAAGAAGAUGAUGAGUCAAUACAUCCCGAUAUUCAACAGACAGAAGCUGCUCUGAAUACAUUAGCAGCUGCUACAACCUUAAACGAAUCUGAUCAACCUCCCAUUCCUUCGAGUUUGCUUGAUAAAUCUCCCAAUUCACAGGAUGCACAUGACCAACUUCCUCAAACACCUCCUUCUACUAUCGUUCCUAUGCCGUCGGAUCAUGAAUCACCACCUACACCAUCUCAUCCCCUUCCGCCAAUGGGUCCCAAACGUAAAGUACGAGAACUUAGACUUGAUCUACGUACUUUAGACGCGGCUGCUUUAUUUGCUUUGGAAACUUGGCGUAGAGAAGAGCUGGGUAUGGAGAAAUUGAAUAUGGAUGUACCGGAUUCAGUAUGGUAUAAAGAUCCCACCCCUUCUCCGCCACCACCACCAACAUCAUCAUUGUCGAGAAAGGGUAGACCCGGUAGACCCAGAAGAUCCCUUAUGUCAGACGCGGUCUCAUCACCGCCAAACGAAGAAGAGGGCUUAGGACUGGACUUACACAUAGGUGAAAAAACAAUGGAAGUUGAACAAUAUCACGAUGUUGACAUAGACAUGACUGAGGGAUCGAAUGAAGGCUUCGGGGAUCCGGUGAUACCUCUAUUUCCAGAGAAGGGACUAGUCAAACAUGAAAAUAGCGUCGAAAUACCUACAGCACCAAGUAUACUAGACUCGUUCAGUGCAUUAGCCCAACAAAGCUUAAUAGCAGAUAUGGAAGUCGUUCGACCAUCUCUGGAUGAAACAGCGUUGGAAGUGAUUGGAGCAGAUGCAUCCCGAGCUCAAUUCGAUGAGGGAACCACUCAAUCUGACUUGACAGUCGUGGAACCAAUUCAGCUUGAAGCCGGACCAUCUAGAUUUACAACUCCACCUGCCCCAGCAGAAUCAAUACAUUCAGCUUCCCCUGAUAUAGUGUUGAAUGACAUAUUUAACGAAAAAGAAGAUGAUGAUCCUGAUUUCAUACCUCCCCCCUCACCUCCCGCUAGACGUCAAACAAGAGCGAGGAAAUACAUCAACCCUCCAUCGGAAGUAGCUAUGGAUGUGGAAAAGAAGGGUAAACAUAAACAUAAAGCAGCAAGGGUUUCUUUCGAUCCUAACAUAAUUGAAAUACUCGAAAGGGAAAAAACAAAAACAAAAACACCGGAGGUAUUUUUACAAAGUUCAAGGAGAGGAUCGAAAUCGAAGGACGAUGGAACAAGCAAGGACGGAGAUAUAGAAGCUACGAAGGUCGAAGAAGUGGAAGAGAUGUUACAGCGUGAAGACAUACAUCCAAUCGUAUUGCUAUCUGUCUCUCCUGAACCUAUAUCUCUACCCCAAUUGCCAAACCCAUCAGCAGUUGUUACAGAGCUCAAUUCAUUGGCGAAACGACCUCGAGCUUCAGAUAUAGAAGUUUCGUCGAAGAAACCACGUAAAAGUGCGUCGAAUAAAGCAAGAUCACAGGUCGUGGUUGAAAUUCCAAGUAGGAAAGUCGAAGCAAACAGUGAUGAUGAAGAGGAAGAAUGGGGAUUCCUUAGAUCUUUCGGCUAG